CGCAGGAGGCCGGUGGCUUCAUGCUGCCCCGGCAGUUUCAUCACGUGAGGCAGGACGUAUCGUUCAGCUCUGCCAACAUGUCCCUCCGCUUCGGGGUUAAGGUCGCGCCGGUGAUUCUUGUGGCCGGAUCGCUCCCGGUUGCUGCUUCUUCUGCUACCGCAGGCGACAGUAUCAGCUCGUCGGCGCAGCCCACGAGCGCCGAUGACGUCGGUCUCGGGUCAGAUGAGACCUGUGACCCGGAGGACGCGGAUUGCCAAGGCGACGACACAGACGAGAUAACCUUCUCGAUGCUCUACUGGGUCCGCACGCUCUUCGUGUGGUACUCGGUCGCGCGCGCGGCGUUCCUCGCCACCAUGUACAUCGCGGGGGCGGCAACGUCCCUGUUCGUGGCGAUCAGGAGGAGGAUGUCUUUGCCCGGCCCGAGAAGCAGCAGCGGCGGCGGCAUCGGCGGCAGUACCUCUGGUUCUUCGUGGGUAGGGCGGGUGCUGGGAUGUCUGAUUCGCGGCGUAGGCGGCGGCGGCAGAGGAACGCCGGGCGCGCGUACCGCGGGCCUACGCACCCUCACGAGCGGCGGCGCUCCUGCGGCGGCGGCGCGGUCGGCGGUGAUCAUCGUCCCGACCGUCUUCACGGCCACGACCACCACCACCACGGCCGGCGGCGGGGGCGGCGGCGGCGGGUCUGACACUACUGCUGGAGGAGGGGUCGGCGGAAGCCGCCUCCCGCCGCGUUCCACCCAGGAUUUCGCGCAUCAUUUCGAACACCGACCACUUCGUGGCCAACGCGAACGAGAACAUGGGAGACGUCCUCGUCGCUAUCGAAGAUCCCGUAAAAAGAAGCAUCGCGGGUCCCCCGCGAUCCGGAGGCUGCCUCAAAUGACCGCGGUAGGAGCGUAGCAACUUUUACGGCGGUGGGUCUCUUUGGUAAAAACAGCGUGCCCGAGGGAUUUUUAGUGCAGUAUUUUUUUUUGGUACGGUAUGCACCGAAACAAGCACCAUUUUUUUGCGGGUUCAUGUUAAUAAGGACGAGUGAGUUGCUGAUAUUUCGAGUGCGUUAUGUCCAAUAAAAAGAAAAAAACACCUCUUGAAUGGGGAUGCUUGCUCCUUCUUUCAUGAGAGCUUUCAUCGACGCGUUUUUUCUUUUCCAGGUGCGCGACAUCGCCACAUUGGCACACGGUUGUGCACGCGUUUUUGGUGGCCUCUUCGAGGUGUUUCGUCCCUCUCUUGCCGUUUCGAUAUUCCAGCCCUUUCGGCUUGCGAAGUAGUUCAUAGCAGAUCGAAUACCUGCUGUCUGGGCCAAGCCCCCUCCCAGACGAAGUUUCUUGCGCAGUUUUGGUCUUUUGGCGGGUGGGGUAUUUCACGCGGCAAGUUUCGAUAGACGAGGACUGUAUCGACCAGCCAAAGCAGGGGGUACAGAUUGAGCGGCAGUAUAGAGGGCAUGGCGACAACGGCUGGGGUAUAGUCUCAUGAUUCGGCAGCUGUUAUUUUUUCCUUUUCGUAGCGGCGCCGUCCUGGUCUGCUCGUAUGACGUCCACAUGGCGACCCGUUUUCCUCUUGGCGGGGACACGGGGAGUACUUUGGACCAACGGGCAGCAAACUCGGCAUGGAAGAUGAUGGCGGUGCGUUGUUGGGACCGGAGUCAACGCGGAUUAUAUCCAAGUGUCUCGGGGCCUAUUGGGGCUUGUGUACUGGUUAAUGGCAGUCACUUGUCAGGAGGUCCGUCGAAGCUCCGUGGUUUCUUGUCUGUUUCUACGGAUGUGUUCGACUCUUGUGCAUGUGCUCAGUCACGUCUUUUAUCAGCCACCCCUUAGAGGUGGAGUCCCGAUAGAGAUGCGGAUCCAUGGCCAAUCCUGGCAAGUCUUAUCACAUUAUAACAAUGUUUUGAGCGGGAUGUGACUUGAGUUUCUCGCAGCUGAGGCCCUGGCACCAGUCUAUGGAGCGCAACUCGGCAGGGAAGAUGGUGGCUUUGCGGUUGGGAACAGGGGUCAACCCGGACUAUGUCCGAAGAACAUCUCGGGAACUCUUGGAAGGUUUAUGAGCAAUCUGACUGUCGUGUUGGCACCGCAAGCCGUUGACCCGUUGGCUUGUGAGCACGUACAUACAACUCGUCGAGGCAGACGUGUACAGCAGUGCCAACCCCCUCGAGGGAACCCCCCAUUUUCAGCAAGGCCAAGAGCCUUUGCGGGGUCUAAAGAAUUGAGCAAGGGGCUAUCUCGACGCUGCUGAAUACUUCCAGGUUUUCGUGUGGUGCGGGCGGCUGAGCCCAAGCUCUUGCGCCGUUGUUGUUCCUAUAUUUUAGACGUUUUGAGCCUUGAUUCCUUGGAGC